AUGGAUGAAGAGGAAGCAAUUAGAUAUUACUUUUUCAGAAGGUAUGAGUAUAGUACGAUAUUAGAUUUUCUGGAUAAAUAUCACGACAUAAAAAUGUCAAAACGGACUCUUUUGAAUCGUUUGAAACAAUAUGGUUUAACCCGACGAAAUUGUGACAUAAAUGAAGCUGUUCUUCGACAGCACAUUAGCAUAGAACUCGAAGGAGCUGGAAACCUACUUGGCUACCGAGCAAUGUGGCGAAAACUACAUUUAAAGUAUGGAAUAAAUGUGCCAAGAUCUGCUGUAGAAAUCCUGUUGAGAGAGAUGGACCCAGAAGGAACCAGGCUUAGACAAGCCCACCGGCUGAAAAGACGAAAUUAUAUCAACCCAGGGCCAAAUAACUGUUGGCACGCGGACGGAUAUGACAAAUUGAAGCCUUAUGGACUACCUAUACAUGGCUGCAUCGAUGGCUUUAGUCGGCGUGUGAUAUGGUUAAAACUUGAAAUGAGUAAUAAUGAUCCUAAAGUAAUUGGAAAGUUAUUUAGAGAUGCUGUUAUUGAAGUUGGAGGAUGCCCAUCAAUCCUUCGAACUGAUCGAGGUACUGAAAAUGGAAUUAUGUCCUCAGGUCAGUGCUUCCUCAGAAGAAAUGGUACUGAUUCAUUUGCUGGCUUAAAAGCUCACCGUUUUGGUUCCUCACACAGCAACCAACGCAUUGAAGCUUGGUGGGCCUACCUAAGGCGAUCAUGGACUUCAUGGUGGAUUAACUUUUUCAAAGACCUGAUAGAUGCAGGGAAUCUUGAUACUAGCAAUAAAAUGCAUAUGGAGUGCAUUUGGUUUUGUUUCAAUAAGAUCAUACAGAAAGAACUGGAUGAAGUAAGAGAGGAAUGGAAUAAUCAUUAUAUCCGAAAGUCUCGACACCAUACCGCUUCAGGAAUCCCCAAUACUCUAUAUUAUUUACCAGAGAGUGUUGGCACUAUUGACUACAAACACCAAUACAACCCCGAGGAUUUAGAAGAAAUUAAUCGUGAGCUGAAUCCAUCUGAUGAUUCAAAUGAAUCGCUCAUUUACCAGGAGUACUUUGGUUAUGUCAAUGAAAUGCUUGGUAUUACUGAGCCAAGUUCGUGGAGGGAUGCAUUAGGACUAUACCAUAGACUAUCAACAGUUGCUCAAACAUAA